AUGUUCUUCUCUCGGCGCGGUAGUCAACGAGCGUUUCGUGAACGAAAGGAGCGACAUGUGCGAGAGUUAGAGGAAAAGGUUAACAACCUGGAGCAAGCAUCAUCCAACUUGGUGGCAGAUAACGAACGCUUGAAGCGGGAGUUAGCCCGGUUUACAACAGAGAAUGAGAUCCUGCGGGCAACAUCGGGCUCCGGUGACCGAACACACAACCAUUCAGACGAGCCAACCACGACAGGGCCGUUGAAAUAUACACCCACGGAUUUUUACUCCGAGCUGGUACCAAAGGGCGAACCAUCCCGUCUUCAUCGAGUGUCCACCUGCGCGAAGACAGGGGAGAAAUUGCUCGGUGCCGGCGCUACGUGGGACCUAAUCCAAGGGCAUGAGCUAUUUAAGCGCGGUUUAGUAGACAUCAAAGAUGUCUCGGAACGACUGAAGAACAUAACUCAGUGUGACGGACAAGGCCCUGCUUUCCCCGAGGCUGAGGUGCUCAAGGCAAUCGAAGAAAGCGCGGCUGCUAAUGAUGAUGACCUUCUCUGA